AUGUUACCGGUAGUGAAGGAAUUGAGUUCAACGGUUGAUUACGCUAAUGAGAGGAACAACAAGCCUCAGAUAAAGCAUGUUUUGUCGGCGUUGAAUAGAAAUUAUCACCCCGCUUGUUUCCGAUGCACUGGCUGUGGAAUUUGUUUAGACGGCGUGCCGUUUGCUCUCGACAAAGAAAGCCAGGUUUACUGCAUGCCAGACUAUCAUGAUCGUUUCGCUCCAAGAUGUUAUCGAUGCCAGAAGCCUAUUCUACCUGACGAGAAUACUGGUGAAACCGUGAGGAUAGUGGCACUAGACAACAACUAUCACAUCGAUUGCUACUCAUGCGAAGGAUGUGGACUCAAACUUACGGAUGAGGGUGAUGCGUGCUGCUAUCCUCUUGGAAAACAUCUGCUCUGUGAGCGAUGCCAUAUCCAUUGGAGGCGUUCUGGUGCGGAGGCACCAAUUUCCGACUUGUAA